AUGGAGGUGGCUCGUACCUCCAUGAUCCAUGCGGCUGCCCCCCAUUUUCUGUGGCCGUUUGCGGCCCGGUACGCCGCGCAUCAGCUAAACCUCUGGCCCCGUGUCUCCUUGCCGGAGACCUCGCCCGCACUGCUGUGGACGGGGAAGGUUGGCGAUGCGUCCCGUUUCCGGGUCUGGGGUGCUCGUGCCUUUGUCCGCGAUACCACCGCGGACAAGCUCUCCGCCCGCGCUGUUCCCUGUGUCUUCCUUGGCUUUGUCCCUGACGCACCUGGUUGGCAGUUUUACCACCCCACCUCGCGCCGUGUCUUUGCGUCUCAGGACGUCACGUUCGAUGAGUCGGUUCCCUUUUACCGUCUCUUCCCCUACCGCACUGCCCCUCUCCCCCCCCCCCCCCCCCCCCGCCGCUCUUCCUCGCUCCAGCCUGGGGGUGCGGCGCCUGGGGGUACUGAGCUUGGAGGUACUGAGCCUAGGGGUGCGAAGCUUGAGGGUGUGGAGCCUGGAGGUGCUGAGCCUGCGUGUGAGGGGUCUGGGGGUGCUGAGUCAGGCAGUUCUGAGUCUAGGGGUGCUGCGCCUACGGGCGCUAGAGGUUCUGGAGCUGCUGGAGGUCCUGGUGCUGGUGGCGCUGGAGCUGGUGGUUCUGGGGCUGCUGAGGGUGCGAGCGCUGGAGGUUCUGGAGCUGCUGGAGGUCCUGGUGCUGGUGGCGCUGGAGCUGCUGAGGGUGCUGGCGCUGAGGGUUCUGAGUCUGCUGAUGCUCGGUCUCCUUGGAGCUGCCGCCUUCAUCCGCGUGUGCCUCUCACUUCACAGCAGCUGCACGACUGGUACGGUCGCCGUCAGGGUCGCGCUUCUGGAGCUAGGGGCUCUGCUCCUGGAGGUACUUCUGCUACCGUCCCUGGAGCUGCUGGGGCUGGAGGUGUUGAGCCUGCAGGUGCUGCUGCUGGAGACGCUGCGGCUGGAGACCCUGGGACUGGGGGUGCCGGUUCUGGGGGUGCUGCUGCUGGUGGAGCUGGUCCUGGAGGAGCUGGUGCUGAGGUUUCUGGAGCUUCUGGAGGUGCUGGAGCUGCUGGGGGUGCUGGAGCUGCUGGUGCUGGUGGCACUGCACAGCCGCGCCUGUUCUUUGCUCCACCGUCUCCGUCGUCUCAGCCACCGCCUGACUCUGUGCUUCGCCAGGUUCUUAGUCUCCCUUCGUCUACUGGUCUUCCGUUACAACCUGGCUCACCGCUGCCUGCUCCUUCUCCUUACACUGAGCAAACAGGGGGUCUUGCUGAGCGUCGUGAGCCUGCGUCGCGUCCUGUCUCGCCUGUUCGUCCUGGUCGUACCGGUCGUCGUGUUCCUCGUCCGCGUCAGCCGGCUGUCCCCGGCGCACGCCUUGUAGCCCUGCGUCUGUCCCCUACUCCGGAGCGUACUCCUCUUCCGUCUCCCCCUGCGUCCUCUUUGCCUGACGUCACGAACCCUGAGUCUGACCGGUUUUGUGCUGAGCACCCUACUGUCACGCAUCUGCUAGCCACUGUUGUCACUGACCCGUCGUUUGAGUCUGCUGCUGCGUCUGCCCUGGUCGCUGAGCUUGUUGACUUUGCUGGUGCCUAUCGUCUAGACUACGCUGCUAGUCUUGUUACUGAGUCUGAGUCUGUCUGUCCUCCAUCCGUCGGGGGUGAAUGUGCUCUUGGCACGGACGUCCUUGAGGACAUGCAGGAGGACUUUGAGUGUCUUGCAGCCGCUGCGCCUCAUCUCGUGGCCAUGCUGCUUGCCCCUGAGGGAGACCCGGAUGCUGUAGACAUCCCGACCCCGCGCUCUUACGCUGAGGCGAUCGCGGGUGAGUACUCCUCCCAGUGGCAGACAGCCAUGGACGCAGAGAUGGCAUCCUGGAAGUCCACAGGCACUUACGUCGAUGAGGUUCCCCCUCCCGGGGCGAACAUCGUCGAUGGCAUGUGGAUUUUCAGGGUGAAGCGGCCGCCAGGUUCUCCGCCUGUCUUCAAGGCUCGUUACGUUGCUCGAGGCUUCAGUCAGCGAGAGGGAGUCGACUUCUUCCAUACCUUCUCCCCCACCCCGAAGAUGACCACUCUUCGGGUGCUGCUGCACGUUGCCGCUCAGCGUGACUACGAGCUUCACUCGCUGGACUUCAGCACAGCCUUCUUACAGGGCAGCCUGCACGAGGAGAUCUGGUUGCGCCGCCCACCUGGCUUCACUGGGUCGUUCCCUUCUGGUACCCAGUGGAGCCUCCGGCGGCCAGUCUACGGUCUCCGCCAGGCGCCUCGUGAGUGGCACGACACACUGAGGACUACACUUGCGGCUCUUGGGUUUGCUCCUUCGACUGCUGACCCGUCACUGUUCCUGCGCACCGACACUUCGCUGCCGCCGUUCUACAUCCUCGUGUACGUCGACGACUUGGUCUUUGCCACUGCUGACACUGAGGCUCUCGCCCUGGUGAAGUCGGAGCUGCAGAAGAGACACACGUGCACAGACCUGGGUGAGCUGCGCAGUUACCUUGGCUUGCAGAUCACCCGGGACAGAGCACGCCGCACCAUCACACUGACUCAGUCACACAUGGUGCAGCAGGUCCUUCAGCACUUCGGCUUCACCUGGUCCUCGCCACAGUCCACUCCUCUGGCUACAGGUCACUCGCUCUCAGCUCCACCUUCGGACGAUUCCGUAGAGCCGAGUGGUCCUUACUUGGAGUUUGUGGGCUGCCUCAUGUACCUGAUGACCUGCACUCGUCCUGACCUCGCGUACCCUCUUGGCCUUCUGGCAUGCUACGUGGCUCUUGGUCGGCACCGAAAGGUGCACAUGGAUGCUGCGAAGAGGCCUUGGCUCUGGUUCUGUUUCUUGGCGUUCUACUCGCUCGUCUUCUGUUCUCAGCUCCAGUUGUGA